AUGAGGCUGCAGCACACUUGCCCUAGCACUACAGAGACAUCAAGGGUUAGUGCAAAGUGGCUUGCACAGACAUAUGAGUCCCUGUUCAGGUCUGAUCCAAACACAAGUAUUUUGACUCUGAUUGACAACUGCAAUGAGAAGUAUGGUGUUGAUGUGCCCAAGCACAUGGCCUAUAGGGCCAAAAACCUUGCUGUAGAGGCUAUUUUAGGAGAGCACAAGAAACAGCAUCCCAGGCUGAGGGACUAUGCUCAAACAAUCAUGGAUACAAACCCUGGGAGUAGAGUUAUAGUUACAAAUGUGACCCCAAAACCUACUACAAAAAUACCACAUCCAGGACCAAGGUUUCAUGCUAUGUUCUUCUGCAUCAAUGGAGCAAGGGAGGGCUUUCUCAGUGCAUGCAGACCAUUCAUAGGUGUUGAUGGCUGCUUUAUUAAGCUCACCACUGGAGCUCAAAUACUUGCUGCCACUGGCAGAGAUGGCAACAACAACAUUUUUCCACUGGCAUUUGGUAUUGUUGGACAAGAGGAUACAGCAAAUUGGUGUUGGUUUCUGCACCAACUGAAGAUAUGUCUAGGAGGAGAAGUUGGACAAUUUUGUCCUUAUACUAUCAUGUCUGAUAGACAGAAGGGCCUACUAAAUGCAAUUUCUCAAGUAUUUCCCAACUGCCACCAAAGAUUUUGCCUUAGACACUUGUAUGCAAACUUCCAGAAUGCUGGGUUUAGGGGAGAAGAUCUUAAGAAAUGCAUGGAUAAUGCUAGUUAUGCUUAUAACCAAUACAAGUUUGACAUUGCAAUGAAUGAUCUAAAAAAAAUGAGAACAGACUUGGUUGUUAACAACCUAUCUGAGGUGUUCAACAAGUACAUCCUUGAUUUUAGGAAAAAACCUACUAGGACUAUGAUUGAUGGUAUUAAGAAUAAGCAGAUGGUGAGGUGGCAUAGGAAUAGAGAGAGUGGAAAGGCAGCUCUGUGGGAGAUCACACCCCAUUAUGCUGAGAAGUUAGAGGUGGAAAAGGAAAGGGCCAGAUUCUGUAAACCCAUUCAAGCUGGUGUUAAUCUAUGGCAAGUAACCAGUGGGCGGCAAACACAUGCUGUCAACUUGGCACUUCAUACAUGUGGUUGCAGAAAGUGGGACCUGAGUGGGACACCAUGCAACCAUGCAAUAUCAGCAAUUAACAAGGCAAAAAGGUUUCCAGAGGACUAUGUCUGUAAAUUCUUCAAAAAACCAUUUUACCUAGCAGCUUAUGAACCAAUGAUAUAUCCUGUUCCUGGUGAACAUGAUUGGACAAAGACAACAGGACCAGACAUAGAGCCACCUAAAUUUCAUGUGAAGAAGGAAAGAAAGAGAGAAAAGAGGAUAAAGGGCAGAUUUGAGGUUCCAAAGCCAAAGGAGAGUUCAAGAAUGGCCACUAUAACAUGCAGCAACUGUGGGCUGCAAGGCCAUAGAUACACCAGCUGCAGCAAACAAUUGAAACCAGAGUUGACUUUGAGAAAAAAUAAGCACGUGGCAUCUAGAAGACCAAGGAAUGUUGAUGAAGCAAGGGCACAGGCUGCACCAGUAAGGGCAGAGGCUGCACCAGCAAGGGUACAGGCUGCACCAGCAAGAGGAGAGGCUGCACCAGCAAGAGCACAGGCUCCACCAAGAGCUGGUGCAAGGCAUGGUGCUGCAAGGCAUUCAAGGCCUUUCUCUGCACCAAGAGCUGCUGCUGGGGCUUCCACUUCUGGUGCUUCCACUUCUGCUGGCCCUACAACUCAUACUGGAUGGAUGUCCUAUUUAACUGCAAGUGGAAAUACCUGA